CUCGAGCGCGCAUCUCGAAUCGAAUCUCGAAUCUCAUCUGCACGCUGCGUCCCAUUACCGUCACAAUCAUCGCAAUAACGCUAGCUCUCUUUUCUCAAAUCGCUUACUUUGCGCCUGACCAGCCUCGCAAUGCCCCGCCGAAGCGGCGCCUCGUCGCACACAACCGAUGCCACCACAACCACCACAGCGAUUCCAGAGCAGACAGCAUGGCCGUCAACCUUCACAGAUGGCCUACCGCUCCCAAAGAUUGUUGUCUUCGAUCUUGACUACACAUUAUGGCCGUUCUGGGUAGACACGCAUGUCACGGGGCCAAUCAAGCCGGUAGAAGGAGGGCUGAAAGUCAAGGAUCGAUAUGGAGAGGGCUACGGUUUCUACAGUGAUGUUGGGGGAGUGUUGGAAGCACUGAAGCAGAAAGACAUCCUCAUUGGCGCCGCUUCACGCACACACGCCCCUGACCUCGGCCGCGAAAUGCUCAAGCUCCUCAAGGUGCCCAGCGCUUCUGGAUCGUCGACGCGCGCGAUAGACUACUUUGAUCACCUACAGAUCUACCCCGGCAACAAGACGACACAUUUUGAGAGGAUACACAGAGACAGUGGGAUAGAAUACGACGAGAUGCUGUUUUUCGACGACGAGAGUCGCAACAAGAAUGUCGAGGUGUUGGGGGUUACGAUGCAGCUCAUAAGAGAUGGCGUGACGAGGAAUGAGGUUGACGCGGGCGUAAGGAGUUGGCGAAAGAGGUAUGGGAGGACCAAGGCUUAGAUGAGUUAUACGAACACAGAUAAUGAGACAGUGAACUCGAGACCGACAGAAAUGGCUUGUGAAAGCGCGCAGGUGGACGGUCAAAUGUAUCUACCAACAUCGAGAAGACAGGGCUAGCCGCCUUUGUCAUGCUACACAAAAUUUUGACGAAGAUACGCAUGAUUGGGGCAGGUAGAGUUAUUUGCAAAGAAGCUCAGCACUGAUUUACAAAAGCUGUAUAUGACUAAGAAGUUCAUCCGUUUUGAAGAUACUCAUACGCUCAGUAUCGCUCUUCAAGUCUGCACCAGUCUGUGUUAUACUCUAGCCGAACCUUUUCUGUUGCCUCGUCUGUUGUUUCAUAGCUCUCCUUUUUGCAAUAAUCUCGCGUGAGAUUAUUGAGAAGUGGAUCAGCAAUUCUUUUGUCUGGUAUUAUUAUCAAUUCUAUCGAGUAAUG